CUGUCUGACAGCAGACAGAAACAGAUCUGAAACUUUACUCUGAAUCCAGGAAGUACACACAUGAACAACAGAGAUGCAGGCAUGCAGGGCGAGAGAGGCAAACGAUGAGACAGACCAGAGCAAAUAAUGAGCAAGAAAACAAAAAAAGUUGAAUAAAAAGUCAAUGGGAAAAAACAAUCACACAGAAUUGUGGGAUGGAAAAAAAUAGCUCCAACCUGUAAUAUAAGGAUUUGACAUGAGAAAGGUUAAACAAGGGUUUACAAGUGGAACAGAUAAUAGAAGAUAUUAUCAUGGCUCAGUAAGAAUGGACAUUUUCUACCUGUCCUGUGGAUUUUUGUGGGUUACAUUUUAUGUGGAUCUGUGGUAAAGCAAGAUAUUUGGGUAAUGAGUGGGGGAAAUGGUUUAUGCAGGGAUGCGAUUCAUGGCAGCCUUAGGAUGUCUACAUCAAAGCAACAAACUUCUAUGGCCAUCCGAGGUGAAGUGAAGAGACAUAAUCUGGCCAAGGUCCAGCUUAACAAACUACAGAAACUUGUGGAACAUGUGAGUGAUCAGCAUCUAAAAGACAGCCUUGCAAUCUCUCUACAUACUUUGCGAGAAUGCAUUGUAAAUAGUCAGGAAUGGACUCUCAGUCGUACUAUACCAGAACUCAGAGUGGGAGUUGUGGGUAAUAUUAAGAGUGCAAAAUCUUCCCUUGUGCAUCGAUUUGUGACAGGUUCCUAUCUCGCUUUAGAAGCACCUGAAAGUGUUCAAUUCAAGAAAGAGAUUAGUGUGGAAGGGCAAAAUUAUCUCCUGUUGAUUCGAGAAGAAGCUGGGCCUCCAGAUGCCAAGUUCGCAAACUGGGUGGAUGCAGUGGUCUUUGUAUUUAGCCUGGAGAAUGAGGCAAGCUUUCAGGAUAUAUUCCAGUACUAUGCACUUCUGGGGAACUAUCGCAGCAUAUCUGACAUUGCUGUGGCCCUUGUGGGGACACAGGAUAAAAUUACUUCUACCAACAAGAGGGUGAUAGAGGAUGUCCGGGCCCGAGCGUUGUGCAGUGAAAUGAAACGUUGCAUGUACUAUGAGACCUGCGCCACUUAUGGACUCAAUGUAGAUCGGGUGUUUAAUGAAGUUGCUCAGAAGAUUGUGGUUUUGAAGAGGCAGCAACAACUAUUAUCAUGCAAAUCCUUACCCAGCUCUCCUAGUCAUUCAGCUGGUUCAAUUUCGAUAUCGAUACAGGCUAGUAAUGGAGGACCAACAAAUGACUAUUCAUCGUCACUGCCUUCUACUCCAAACAUCAGCCACCGGGAAUUAAGAAGUGAGGUAUCUAUUGGAGUUAGCACUCCCGGGUCCCUCCAUCGAGGAGCUAAGCGUCGCACAAGUCUCUUUACAAACCGAAGGGGAAGUGACAUGGAGAAGAGAAGCCUGGAUAGUCGGGGAGAGAGUUCAGGAACUGGAAGAGCUCUCCCCAUUAAGCAGAGCUUCCUGUUGAAGCGUAGCGGCAAUUCUCUGAACAAAGAGUGGAAGAAGAAAUAUGUUACUCUAACAAGCAAUGGAGUGCUGCUAUACCACCCCAGCAUUAAUGAUUAUCUACACAGUACACAUGGGAAGGAGAUGGACUUGUUGCGAACUACAGUGAAGGUUCCUGGGAAAAGACCACCAAGAGCCAUCUCUGCCUGUGGACCAUCCACCAGCGUCAAUGGUUUGUUGAAAGAUGUCAGCACUCCUCAGGUGGGAGACACUGCAAUAACCAAGCCACAAACAAUGAAGAGCAGUUCUACUGGGGAUGUGAUUUCCAGCCCUUCGAGUAGCAAAGAGCCUCCAUCUUCCCCUAUGAGUGACAAAAAGAAGAACAAAAGAAAGAAAAACAUGACCCCCUCCAAAACAGAAGGCUCAGCAGGACAAGCAGAUGAAGAGAACUUUGAAUUCAUCAUUGUCUCUAGUACCGGGCAGACAUGGCAUUUUGAGACCAGCAGCUUUGAAGAACGGGAUUCCUGGGUUCAUGCCAUUGAAAGCCAGAUCCUUGCUAGUUUGCAGUGUUGUGAAAGCAGCAAAAACAAGGCACGAAUGGACAGCCAAAGUGAAGCAGUAGCUAUCCAAGCCAUUCGGAAUUCUAAAGGAAAUUCUUUUUGUGUAGACUGUGGUGCACCAAACCCAACCUGGGCCAGCCUGAAUUUGGGUGCUCUGAUCUGCAUUGAAUGCUCAGGAAUUCACCGGAACCUGGGAACACAUCUGUCCCGGGUUCGUUCCUUGGACCUAGAUGACUGGCCUCUAGAACUGACACUUGUGUUGACAUCAAUUGGAAAUGAAAUGGCUAACAGCAUUUGGGAAAUGACAACACAAGGAAGGACAAAACCAUCCUUUGACUCUUCAAGAGAAGAGAGGGAGUCGUGGAUCAGAGCCAAGUAUGAGCAGCGGUUAUUCUUGGCUCCACUAAAAAGCCCAGGCGUUCCCUUGGUAAAACAACUGUUUAGAGCUGUACAAGAGAAGGAUCUUGGCAAUAUAUUACUUUUCCUGGCCCACAGCAACAAGGAGCAGAUCAAUGCAAACACAGGAGACAAGGAUAGACGCACUGCCCUUCAUGUGGCCUGUGAACUACCCCAUGUAGUGAUCACACAGUUACUUGUCUGGUAUGGUAUUGAUGUGAAGGCCAGAGACAUAAAUGGUCACACAGCUCUCUUUUAUGCUCACAAAGCCCGAAGCCAAGAGUGUGUUGACAUCUUACUGCAACAUGGCUGCCCCAAUGAAACCACAAGUGCUGUGGCCACACCUAUUCUGCGAAGAAAAAGCAGCUGUUCCAGCAUUAUACGGACUGAUUCCCGGACAGCCCUUGUAUAGCCAGCCACACCAGUAGUUACCAUAAUGGGAAACACUGGUUAGAAAUCACUGACUUUGCUCCCAGCAACAGGCUUGUCCCGUUGUACUUUUGUGCCAAUGUGUGGUUUGUUAUAUCAACAACGAAAAGUGUGACAUUUGAAAUGUACAUACAAAUUUAUUUUGGAAGAAUUAAUUUGGACCAACUCAGCUGAUUUUUUUUUUUUUUUUUUUUUAUUGUAAUGUUUUUCCUGGUGUAUAUAUAAUUCACUAUGGUAGUUGUAAUGCCUUAAUUAUUUCAUUAAUGAGGGAGAAAAAAAUUCACAGAACAUUCCCAUUACGGUAAUGUUUACAAUAGGCAGACCUGACCCCCAUGUGUACAGUUUUACCCAGAUACAAUAUAUAAGGGGGAUGGGGAGCGACAAGAUUAAAUAAGAAGACCAUUUUAAGGUAUAAAUAUUUGUUCAUCUGGUAGUCAGAGGUCUUCAGAAUAAUGAGAUGGCAAAAUAUAAGAAAUAGAAAACAGCAUGACAAACAAUAAGAUAACAAAAUGAGUGGUCUAAAAAUACUUGCCAAGAGAAGGGUUGUCUAACUCCAAUUAUCAGUUAAUAUAAUCUUUUGCCAUGAAAGACACCUUUACAUUCACUUUUAUCAUCAAAUGUUCAUUGUUCUGUUGCUAUCAUUUGUUAAAAAGCAUACAUAAAUAUGCUCACAGCAGCAGUGCACUAAUGGGAGCUAGAGGGUGAUUGGUGGCUACAUACAUUUGCUGAUUGUUUUUUCCUCACCAAAUGUGAUCAGCUAACUCCCCAUAGUGCAUUGCUGCUCUGUAGAUGACUUUAACUAAGUGUAUAAUCCCUUAGCAUGGGUUAAAUGGGUAGUCAGAGCAUUGUACUGCACUGUUGCUUGCAUAUAACAUAUCAGGGCAUUUUCUUUUUGCACUUUUAUUAGGGCUCUUUAAAUUUAAACUAAUACAACUAUAUCAAUUGUAUACUUCUACUAAUAUUAGCUGACUGAUUUUUCACUAAUGCUUUUUGACUGAUAGGUACAUCCUCCUAAUGCUUGUUGGUUAUAGGUACUUCCUGUAAAUGUUCAAUAAGCAUUAAUAGCACUAGUAAGAAGGACUUAUAAAUGAAAAAGUAUUAAUAGGAAGUGCACAACUAAUGCUGGUAUGUUAUUCAGGCAAUAAAAAAUAUCAACAUGCAUCACCAAGGGGUCACUAGCCCCCCAGCAUAAUGGAUAACCCAUAUGCCCCACCCAACUGUGAUCAGACCUAAUUUGACAGCCACAACUAGAUUCUUCACAGCACUGCUUGACCCACCCACAGAAUGCCCAUACCCCACUCAUGACACAGCCAACCCUGCACAUGACCUCACCUGCAAAAACACAAGUGGGCUUUCUGGAAGAGCCCCCAUAUAACAAAAUCCUGGUGAUGCCCCUGAUGUUUAAAUGAUGCUCGUGUCCUUGAGAGCAGGAGAUUGACAUCCCUGUUAUACAGAAGACACUGUCUUGGUUUUUAAAAUAUUUGAGAGUAAGAAAGAGUACAGCUUAAGGCAGUAUUAUUUUGGUCAGAACCUUGAUGUAGAGUUAGGCUUCCUGAACCACGUUUAUAAAUAUUGGUAAAAUAUAAUUGUUCUAAAACAAAUUAGAACAUAAAUAUAUUGUAGAUUUCAGUUGUGUUUUACAUAAUGUUUCAGACAAUGUUUAGACAGAAGAGAAUAUUCAAUGUCAUGCUUAUUUUAAACAUGUGGCUAUUAAAAAUAGGAAAUAACACAUUCUCAAACUGUGCACAUACAACCUAGUAAUAUAAUCUAAUGGUUUGACAGACAUAUUUUUUCUUUAUCUAGAAUUACUCUUCAAUAUGAGAAGAAACACUCAUCGGUUAUUUAAAUACUGUUAUUUUAUCCCACAUAAGAAAGUGUAACAAGGCUAAAUGAUUUGAUAGUUUUGAUGUGCCAAUGUUCAAAAAUAAUACUUAUACUACCUAUUAAUACUGUCUCAUAGAAUGGGCAAGAAAUGCAUUAUUUAAACUAUUUUAUGCUAUUCAAUACUCUGUUGCUGGCUUAACAGCUGCUCAAAUAUUUUAACAGUAUACUUUGUUUAUUAUAUGUUUUUUUUUCCUUACAGUGUCACAACGAACAAACAAUAUUACAAGUCAUUGAAUUAAAUGUGUUAAGGUGUGACAAUGUUGUUUUAGAUACCUGACUUUUAUAGGGAUUCAUGAUUCAGUUAGGACAUACAAUUAAAAAACACAUUCCCAAUUGACCUAUAUCAUCACUUUACUGUUCUCUUUGUAUCAUUUGUUGAAGAGCACAUCAAGGUAGGCUCAGAAGUGUGCACUAUGCAUUUGGAACACUAUAUGACAGCUGUUUUGUAGCAAUACUUAACAGUUUUACAUUGUGCACAUGCUACUGCAUCUGGUGCUCAGAAGUGUAUAACAACUGCCCUCAUGCAGAGCUAUUUGAUAGGCAACAAAAAUAACAAAAGAUCAAGGUAAAUUUGAUAUUAAAAGUAAUUUGGAAUUUGUGUUUUAUUUGUACGCUCCUGGAAAACCAUGGAAAAAUGGGUUUCAUGUCCCUUUAAAUGACAGUUCACAACAAAGAAAUUACUAGGACACCUAUUGUAAAAGCAUUAAACUUAAAAUUCACUGCUUAUUAAAUGUCACAUUUUCGUAAGUGAGAAAAAAAAGCUAUCUAGUGGAAUCUUAGCACUGUCAAAUUCUAAGUAGAUUAGUAUUGGAAAGACAUGAAUAUGGAAUAUGUCUGAAGGGGAGCUCAGACAAAGGAAAAAAACUUAUAUUUUUAAAUCAACCCUCAAGCCUUCAAAACUAUGGGUGUUUUGCACUCGAAUGUAUGAGAAAACGUGUGGUGUUUUUUAAUGCAAAUCAGUUUAUAUGUAUGAAUUUUAAAAUGUAGUCUUUCUAAAUAUACGGCGGGCACCCUAAACAAAGUAGUGAAAACUGUAUUGCCGUGUACAUGAUUGACAGUAUAUUUUGUGCUUUCUCUUCAAUAGCUAUUUAAUUUAUUGGUUUAACUCUAGAGCAUUGGCGGGGUGUUCAUUUUACAUUUUGUGCGCAGUCUGGCAGCUUAACAAUAAAAUCUUUAAUAAAUUGAUGUUGCUCUUUGUAAGGCAUUGAUGACAAUUGUUGAGAGAAAGUUGAAAAAUGAAUCAUUACAUAUAAAGGAAUGAUAAAUAUUGCCAAUCCAAUGGCGCCAUAUUUAUGUGGUAAAACAAGGGGUUUAGAUGAAUGGGUCAGCAUUCAAUAUUUUACUAUAUUUUUGGAAUAAUACAGAUCUAGCUUUUGAGUUAAGCGUGUGACAGUAGAAGGAUUGUAUUCUAAAAACAGUGUUUGGAUCACAAGAUAGAAAAUUGUGGGUAAAACAAACAAAUCUUUAUUAAACACAGACAAAAGAUUAAAAAAAAAAAAUAGCCCCUAUGAUAAAACCUAAACAUUUGUAUUAAUGAGGAAUUACUGUGAUUUUUAUUUUAAUUACCUAUUUUGUAAGAAAAAUGUUCCCUGCUUUUAAAGACAACUCACUAUAAAAUGAAAUAGGCAUAAGAAACUGACGAAUCUAAUAGAGUUAAGUGGUCAAAGUGAAGGAAAUAUGGCUGAAAGCAAAAGAUUAUUGCUACUUUAUGGUAUCAACAUUGAUAAGAAUGUUAAUGUCAUAUUCUAUAUAUUCAGCAAAAUAUUGAAGGGUUUUCCUCAAUUUGAUAUGCCUUAGCAAAGUCCACACGCAUGAGAAUUACUGCCUUUGUAUGCCAAAAUGUAAAAUCAAAAGGCAAGAAAUAUGCAAGAGUAAAGGGGUAUCUUGUUGAAAGAUAUAACAUAACAUUAUUGUAUUUUUAUAUAUCAGUUUGCUUUUCUGGCUUAUUCACUUUCCAGUUGUAUAUGUGACACUGUUGAAGCUGUGAUUGUAACUGACCUCUUGAAAUACUCCCUGUUUGCUAGAUAUGUGAAAUAGGGACCCACACUGCUUGUUAACUCUUUCACUGACAGAACAUUUUUAUGCUCAACUACCUUUGGAAAAUACUUAACUAGAAAAUAUAUAUAACUUAUUAUCCCUUGAGGGUAUGAUUAAUAUAGCAAUAAAUAUUUAAUGCCCAUAUGCCAUAUGUUUAGACCAACAGCUCUCUUCCUAGGAAAGUUCACUUUUCUUCUUUAUUUUUGAUAUAUUUAGAUUUGUUAUCUAUAGAUAAGUAUUCCAAUAUAAAAUCAAUUUAUGCAAAAAGGAGAUGUUACAAUUAUGUAGUUGUAGGUGAUUUGUAAUCAAAAUGGUUUAUAGGGAAACUGUGUUCAAAGUAUAGAAAAAAAGUACCAGUGUUAAUGUUUCCUUAUCUAAAUUAGCAGUAAAUCUCUUUUAUAGCAAUAGAUUGUAUUUCAGUUGAAAAACGUAUUCAUAUUUUUGUUCUACAAAUAUCUCUAUUAAAGUCUAUUUGCUGAAAAACAUUUUAAUAUAUGUUUUCCUGGAAUAAAAUCUACCCUUUAGUUUGAUAAAUAUUCACUGAACCCAGUAGCAAGAAAAAAAAUUAUAGGCAAAACUUCACCUCUCACCAGGGCCACCCAUAGCAUUUGCAGGGCCCUGGGAAAAUCACAUUUGUGGGGUCCCUCAGUACAGUCCACUUAUUCCCCUCUCUUUGUAUGGCCCGUCACUCUACCAAAAUUUAGUGUACCCUAUAUGCUGAACACUAUAUAUUACAAUUUCAUGAUGCCAUGGACACUUUUUCAUAAACUUAAUACAGGACUUAGUACAUUACCUUACCCUUGGUGCCAGUGCUGGGUUUUUUUCAUGGGUUUGGGGCAACCCAGUUUUGUGAAACAAGAAAUUAAUAUAUUUGAAUAAAAAUGAGGUCUUAGUUACCAUUCUGUAUCAUGGUUUACUAAACAAAUAUUCCAUAAAUGAGGUGCUGAACUGACAUACCGAUUCAUGGUGACAAGCUUACUAGAAUAUAGCCAUGAUAUAGGACAAAGACAUUAGUAAUCAAAUGGCAAGAACAUAUGUAUCUUUUCAUUUGACACAUUAGACUCCAAUACCCAUUAUCAUCAUCACAGCCAACUAUUUUAGUAUUAUGAUAAAUAUAAUGUUUGUUUGCUUUUGUCCAGGACAUAUAUGCAGAAUAGAGAAUAAAAACUCUCAUGAUUAGCUAAUAAACCCAGUUUACAACUUGGAUUUCUUUUAAAAAAAUAUUUCAGUUGCUCAUAAAAUAUGACACAUAAAGCAGUACAUGUUUUAAUAGAUAAUAAGGCUAGCUCCUGUCAUAAACUUAGUAUAAAAAACAUUGUAUUGUAGUUGUUAUCUGAUAAAUCCAAAUAGGGGCAGAUGUGUUAGUCUUGAGAAGUCAGCAAGGUACAUUUUCAGGGCAAAAUAAAUAAUGAAAAUAUAUUUCAAAGUUGUUUCUUUAUGCAUAAAUAAACCAUUUAUACAAAGUGUUUACUGUCCCUUUAAGUAAUUUAUUUUUUUAAGGGAAACAGCAACUUUACAUAACUGACAUUGAAAUCAUGUUGGAUAUCAUUGUUUACAUCAAACCAAAGGCUCAAACUGUCUUCUGGAAGUGAAAUAUUUAACAUACAGUGAGGUCUUGAAAGGCUGCCAUUUACCCUACCCCUAGGUCUCCAUGAAAUGAAAUAAACAAAAAACUGUGUAUGUGUUUUAUUGUCAGGUUUAUUUUGCAAAUAUGAGAUGAUGUAAUAUAAGAUUUAUAAAAUAAAGUGUCAAAUUGUUUAUUGAA